CCCAGGCCCGAUCCCGGUACCCAUCCCAGUCCCCAUCCCACUCCCGAUCCCAGUACCCACCCCAGCACCCACCCUGAGCCGCGCACGGCCCUUCCCGCACGGACACCGCAGGACCAUGGAUUUCCCGGGGCACUUUGAACAAGUCUUCCAGCAGCUCAACUACCAGCGGCUGCACGGGCAGCUGUGCGACUGCGUCAUCGUGGUGGGCAACCGGCACUUCAAGGCGCACCGCUCGGUGCUGGCCGCCUGCAGCACGCACUUCCGCGCGCUCUUCACCGUGGCCGAGGGCGACCAGAGCAUGAACAUGAUCCAGCUGGACAGCGAGGUGGUGACGGCCGAGGCCUUCGCCGCGCUCAUCGACAUGAUGUACACCUCCACGCUGAUGCUGGGCGAGAGCAACGUGAUGGACGUGCUGCUGGCGGCGUCCCACCUGCACCUCAACUCGGUGGUGAAGGCCUGCAAGCACUACCUGACGACGCGCACGCUGCCGCUGUCGCCGCCCAGCGAGCGCGCGCAGGAGCAGAGCGCGCGGCUGCAGCACUCCUUCAUGCUGCAGCAGCUGGGGCUCAGCAUCGUCAGCUCGGCGCUGGGCGCGGCGCCGGGCGCGGAGGAGCCCCCCCCCCCCCCCCCCCCCCCCCCCCCCCCCCCCCCCCCCCCCCCCCCCCCCCCCCCCCCCCCCCCCCCCCCCCCCCCCCCCCCCCCCCCCCCCCCCCGCGCCCGCCAGCGGGUCCGCCCCGCGCUGGACGAGCCCGGCCCCGACGGCGCCGCCGAGAGCGGGCAGCCCGGCGUGCACUCACGGGAGGACUUCUUCUCCCCGGACUCGCUCAAGAUCGUGGACAGCGCCAAGGCCGACGCGGUGGCGGAUAACCAGGAGGACAACACCAUCAUGUUCGACCAGUCUUUUGGCGCUCAGGAGGAUGCUCAAGUGCCCAGCCAGUCUGACAACGGCGGGGGGAACAUUUCCCAGAUGUCCCUGGCGUCCCAGGCCACGCAGGUGGAAACCAGCUUUGACCAGGAGGCUGCUGCUGAGAAGAGCAACUUUCCGUGCGAAAACCCGGAGGUCAGCCUGAACGAGAAGGAGCACAUGAGGGUGGUGGUGAAGUCGGAGCCGCUGAGCUCCCCCGAGCCUCAGGACGAGGUGAGCGAUGUCACGUCCCAGGCGGAGGGCAGCGAGUCUGUGGAGGUGGAGGGAGGAGUGGUGAGCGCAGAGAAGAUAGAGCUGAGUCCCGAGAGCAGUGACCGCAGCUUCUCGGACCCGCAGUCCAGCACCGACAGGGUGGGAGACAUCCACAUCAUGGAGGUGUCCAACAACCUGGAGCACAAGUCGUCUUUCAGCAUUUCAAAUUUUUUGAAUAAAAGCAGAGGAGGUGGCUUUGGCGCCAGCCAAAACAACGACGACAACAUUCCCAACACCACCAGUGACUGCAGGAUGGACGGUGACGCCCCUUACCUGAUGAGCCCGGAGUCAGGGCCCAACGGUGGCCACUCCUCUGCCGCCGUGUCCCACGUGGAGAACCCGUUCAGCGAGCCCACGGACUCGCACUUCGUGAGGCCCAUGCAGGAUGUGAUGGGCCUGCCGUGCGUGCAGAGCUCCGGGUACCGAGCAGCGGAGCAGUUUGGGAUGGAUUUCCCGCGCUCGGGGCUGGGCUUGCACUCGCUGUCCCGGGCCAUGAUGGGCUCGGUGCGCGGCGGGGCCGGCGGCUUUCCUGGCUACCGCCGCAUCGCCCCCAAGAUGCCGGUGGUGACCUCGGUGCGGGGCUCGCAGCUGCAGGAGAGCUCCUCGGGCUCGCAGCUGAUGCUGAACGGCAGCUCCUCCUUCGAGGGCGGGCACUGUCGCAGCCGGUCGCAGCCGGGCCCGCCGCAGCUGACCCGCGCCUCUGCCGACGUGCUGUCCAAGUGCAAGAAGGCUCUGUCGGAGCACAACGUGCUGGUGGUGGAGGGCGCCCGCAAGUACGCCUGCAAGAUCUGCUGCAAGACCUUCCUGACGCUGACGGACUGCAAGAAGCACAUCCGCGUGCACACGGGCGAGAAGCCCUACGCCUGCCUCAAGUGCGGCAAGCGCUUCAGCCAGUCCAGCCACCUCUACAAACACUCUAAGACCACCUGCCUCAGGUGGCAGAGCAGCAACCUGCCCAGCAGCCUGCUGUGAGGCGGGGCCGGGCGGGAGGAGCCUCGCCUGGGGCGGGGGCGGGCGCACAGGGCGUGCCGCGGUGCCGCACACGCAGCCUGGGCUGUGCCAUUGGGGAUAUCCGGUACCUACCUCGCGGGUGCCGCCGCCGGGACCGCGCGGCGGGGAUGGGGAUGUGGCCCCCGGGGCCAGGCAGCCCCUUUGCAGGGCAGAGGGCUGACAGCACGGGGGUCUCCUGAAACAGCACGCUUUCAGCACGUGC